AUGUCUAGAAGAAAGGGUGCUUUACCUUUGAAGGCCAAUGGAUCUGCAGUUGGACGAUCUAAGGAAGAUAACAACUUGAUUGAAGCUUUGAAGCUGUAUGAGUCGAAAACUUACAAGAAAUCCCUGAAAUUAGUGGAUGCCAUCUUGAAGAAAAACUCGCAACACAUAGAUUCUCUAGCUCUGAAGGGCCUGAAUUUGUACUGCACUGGUCAGAAGGAAGAUGCAGCAAACUAUGUUCAAAAAGCGAUUGCCCGCAUUGAAAGCUCCGGCGCUUCCCCCAUUGGAUGUCACAUUUUGGGUAUCUAUAUGAGAAACGAGAAACGCUAUUCCGAAGCUGCUAAGUGGUUUCAAAGCUCGCUGGACAAUGGCUCCACAAACAAACAGAUCUACAGAGACUUGGCAACCCUAUACUCUCAAGAGCAUGACUACAAAAAUUUGCUUAAAGCAAGAAAGUUGUACUGGGAGGAAUUUAUGGGUUACCGUGCCAAUUGGACCUCACUUGCCAUCGCUCACGAGUUGAAUGGUCAGUUGGAUGAGUCUGCGAAUGUUUUAACCAAGUUUGAAGAGCUUGCUAAGGGCAAAUUAGGUGAAUCAGAAGCCUACGAACACAACGAGUGCUUGAUGUACAAGAACGAUGUGCUCUACAAGGCUGCGGGCGCAGACCAUGAGAAACUAAAGGGUGUUUUAAAACACCUGGAUGAAAUAGAACCUGAUGUGUUCGACAAAUACGGUUGGCUAGAGAGAAGGGCUGCUAUUUUCAUGAAGUUGAACCAAAAGGGAGAUGCCUCCAAAAUUUAUAGAACAUUGAUCAAAAGAAACCCUGACAAUUUCAAGUAUUAUAAACUUCUUGAGAUUGCAUUAGGUAUCCAGAGAGAUGCGAAGCUCAGGUUGGCCCUUUACAAAAAACUUGAGAGCUUCUAUCCAAGAGCCGAACCUCCAAAGUUUAUCCCUCUUACUUUCAUCGAAGACAAUUCAUGUUUUGCCGAAAGUCUAUCGUCUUACAUUUUGCCUCAACUCAAACGUGGCGUCCCUGCUACUUUCAACAAUAUUAAGACUCUUUACAAAAAAGAUGUCAUGCGUAACUCAGCAAUUGCCGAGGAGAUUGUUCUAAAAUACUUUGAUAGUAUUAACCCUAAGGAAGCUCCUAUCCCCUACGUUUGGACUUGCUACUUUAUGUGCCAACACUAUUUGUACUUGAAAAGUUUCCAAAAAGCAAGGGAGUACAUUGAACUCGCUUUGGCGCAUACGCCAACGUUAGUUGAGCUUUACAUCCUAAAAGCGAGAGUCCUAAAACAUACUGGGUUACUCGCGGAAGCGGCGGAGACCAUCAAUGAAGGCCGGAAGCUGGAUUUACAGGAUAGAUUCAUCAAUACCAAAACAGUGAAAUAUUACUUGAGAGCAAAUAUGGUGGAAAAGGCCGUGGAAGUGGUCUCAAUUUUUACCAAGAACGACGGUGCAGCCAAUGGUGUAAUGGAUUUACAUUUGAUGGAGGCUUCCUGGUUUAUUGCCGAACAAGCCGACGCUUACUUCAGGCUAUACCUUGAAAAGAAGCGGCUACUGCACGAUGAAAAAUCUAUGGAAGUUCCAGAAGACGAAGAAUCGCAGGAAUCGCAUGCUCGCCAUAUUCGCGAUUUGACUUACGAGACAACAAAAUUUGGAGGCUUGGCGCUCAAGAGAUGGGAUGCGAUUUCGAAGUUUUACAAGCAAUUUGAAGAUGACCAGCUUGACUUUCAUUCCUAUUGUAUGAGAAAAGGUGUUCCAAGAGCUUACCUUGAAAUGUUUCAGUGGGGUAAGACUGUGUACACUCUACCAAUGUUUGUUAGGGCUAUGAAGGGCGCAGCGAGAAUGUAUUUUAUUCUCAAUGAUGAAAUGAAAGCCUCGAGCACAACACCAGAAGAUGAUGCCAUUGGAGAAUUAGUCGGUGCGAAGAAAGGGAACAAGAAAACCAAGAAGGAAGCUGCUGCAAUUAAAAAGCGCAUCGAGGAAGAUAAAAAAACAGUUGCUGCCUAUGAAAAAGAUGAGGAUCCAUUGGGAGAAGCUUAUAUUUUUACUAAAGCACCCAUGCAGGACUUUUAUAACAAGUUCUAUCGUAGGUUUAGCGAGGAGGCCACGGAGUCGUCAAAAGAUUAUAUCCUUGAUUUUGAGUAUCACAUUAGAUGUGGCAAACUUGCCUUAUGCGUCGGCGCCAUUUCCAAAUAUGCUGAUAUGUUUGGCAAGAAAGACAGCAUUGUGGGCGCAAUGACCCUGUGUCUAUUGGACAAAAUAAAGUUCUCUAACGAGAUCGACGAAGUUACCAAAAAGAUCGCUAUCAAAGGCUUAGAAAGGCUUCUUUCUGAACUGCCUCUCAAGCAGCUUGACGAAGAGGCUUUUGACUGGUUGUCCUUUUUUCAGCAGGAAUUUGAGGGUCCAAGUUUGGAGUCCUUGUUAUUAAUCCACAGAUCAUCGGUGAAAAUCAUCUCGGCAGAGAACAUAAAGCAACAAGUCAUUGAAAAAUUGAGAGAAGAAGAGCCCGCCGUUCAAAGUUCAGUACUUAACUAUCAACUCAACUAG